AUGGCGAUCCAAAUACCGAAUCGGCAGUUAUUCAUCGACGGCGAGUGGAGAGAACCAGCACUCAAGAAACGCAUCCCCAUCAUCAACCCUGCCACUGAAGAAACCAUUGGGGAUAUUCCUGCAGCAACUGCUGAAGAUGUGGAGAUUGCAGUGGAGGCUGCUCGAAAAGCCCUGGCCAGGAACAAGGGUAGAGAUUGGUCCUCCGCGUCUGGGGUGGUUCGUGCCAAAUAUUUGCGUGCUAUUGCUUCUAAGAUAAAAGAAAGAAAAUCUGAGCUAUCCAAACUUGAAGCAAUUGAUAGUGGAAAACCACUGGAUGAAACGGCCUCUGACAUAGAUGAGGUUGCUGGGUGUUUCGAAUACUAUGCAGGCCUUGCUGAAGGUUUGGAUGCAAAGCAAAAGGCUCCUAUUUCUCUUCCUGCGGAGAAUUUUAAAUCUCAUGUUCUUCAGGAACCGAUUGGGGUUGUUGGGUUGAUUACAGCAUGGAACUACCCUUUAUUGAUGGCUGCAUGGAAAGUAGCUCCUGCCUUGGCUGCUGGGUGUGCUGCUAUACUGAAACCAUCUGAGUUGGCAUCUAUAACUUGUUUGGAGCUAGCUGAGGUGUGUAUAAAGGUCGGUCUUCCUCCCGGUGUCCUCAAUAUUCUGACUGGACUCGGCCAGGAAGCUGGCGCUCCUUUGGCAUCUCAUCCCCAUGUUGAUAAGGUUGCAUUUACCGGAAGUACUAUCACUGGGAGCAAGAUUAUGGCAGCUGCAGCUCAAUUGGUCAAGCCUGUUUCACUGGAGCUUGGAGGAAAAAGCCCAAUUGUUGUUUUUGAGGAUGUUGAUAUUGAGAAGGCUGUGGAAUGGACCUGCUUUGGCAUCUUUUUGACAAAUGGUCAGAUUUGCAGCGCAACCUCCCGUCUUAUAGUGCAUGAAAGAAUUGCAGCAGAGUUUAUGGACAGGCUUUCGAAAUGGUGCAAAAACAUCAAGGUUUCAGAUCCUAUGGAUGAAGGUUGCAGGCUUGGUCCUGUUGUUAGUAGAGGGCAGUAUGAGAAAAUAUUGAAGUUCAUCUCAACAGCUAAAAGUGAAGGAGCAAAAGUUGCGUUUGGUGGGGGUCGUCCUGAGCAUCUAAAGAAAGGGUUCUUCAUUGAACCAACCAUCAUAACCGACGUAACAGCCUCGAUGCAAAUUUGGAGAGAAGAAGUUUUUGGACCUGUUCUUUGUGUCAAAACAUUUGGUUCAGAAGAGGAAGCUCUUGAAUUAGCAAAUGACACCUAUUAUGGCUUAGGCGCUGCUGUGAUGUCAAAAGAUUCAGAAAGGUGUGAGCGCUUUUCUAAGGCCCUACAGGCAGGAAUUGUCUGGAUCAAUUGCUCACAACCAUCCUUCAUUCAGGCUCCAUGGGGAGGCAUUAAACGAAGUGGUUUCGGCCGCGAAUUAGGAGAAUGGGGACUUCAUCUCUACUUGAGCGUGAAACAGGUGACUCAGUAUGUAUCUGAUCAACCUUGGGGUUGGUUCAAGUCGCCUUCAAAGCCAUGA